GAUUCCGAGGCACUCAACUACAAAUAGCACCAAAAGACGGGGAAGGGGAAAACACAAAAAAAGGGCACUGUGACUGUGGAUUCCCUCGGCCGUCACCUGCCAGCGCCUCGACCAGAUCAAACGUGCUCUGCUUCCCAUUUGUGUGUGCUCGCGUCAGCGUCGAAAUCUAGAAUCAGCAACGCGAAACCCAUCCCGUCCCGAGUCACCUGCGCCCUGGGAAUGCCCGGCUGGGACACGGGGGGUUCCUUCGUUCCAGUCUUCCAACAGACACGACUUGGCGCAACGUUCUCGCACAUCCGGCCAUCUUGCAUUCUUCUUCACCACGUUCUAAUUUCAGAGUCACUCUCUGUACGACCUGGGACCACACACAUCAAAAUCAACAACAUUGCUUCCCCUGGCUGCUCAAACGUCCAAAGGCAACAAAGACAUGGCCAGCUUCCCGUCCUCUUGACAAGUCGACCCUGGACUCAUCCAGCGGCGGGCAGGGCAGCCGAUCCCAGGAUACCCACCGUGGCCCUCGCCCAUAGUGGGCGGCAUCUCCACAGGGCGUCGUUUGGUCCAAGGUCGAGCCCGCCUGCGCCCCAAUCGAAACUGUCCACUGAGAAAAGUUCGAAAAGUCACCCGCUGACCAUGGCCACCGACCCCCCAGACGUCCAGCCUCAGGCGGGCCAGACCCGGGGCAUGGGCGGUCCCGAGAGCAGGUACCUUCUCAAUUUCGUCAAGUACCUUUGCCAGGAACCGGAUGCGUGAACCGGGAAGAGAGGCCCAGCGAGAUACCUGGACCUUACCGGA